UCAUUGGAUUUUCUUUAUCUACUUUUAGGACUUUUGUGAAAAUCUGAUGUUUUAGGUCAUACGUAGCCCCACCCCUUGUGAUAGACUGGCCACGCCCCUGUAUUAGUAUUUUAACACGUAGCCCGACCCCUUGUGAUAGACUGGCCACGCCCCUGUAUUAGUAUUUUAACACGUAGCCCGACCCCUUGUGAUAGACUGGCCACGCCCCUGUAUUAGUAUUUUAACACGUAGCCCGACCCCUUGUGAUAGACUGGCCACGCCCCUGUAUUAGUAUUUUAACACUCUCACCGGCAGUACUGUUUCCGACCUGAUUCUAAUCUGAAUGCGAAUGAUUAUUUUUGCUGUUUACAACGUGGCAAUUUUUAAUUAUUUAUUUUACUACACUAAGAAUUUCACUGAGGAUCCUGAAAGCGUUGAUGUGUCCCUGUUUGUCAUGUUAGUCGGCCUGAUGAAAGCCUAAUUGCACUUUUGGGACGCGUUAACGGGGAGAAUCAGAGGAAGAAGAUGGAGGAUUUAUCGCGAUAGUGAUGCAGAGAGAGCGAGAGAGAGAGGUUCUGCAGGACGGAGCGAUGAGUUGAUGCGUGUUUGUGGAAGCUUGCUGCGAUUUUCACCGCCAUUGAUGUCAGCGUUAUGAUGCGUUUCCUCCGUUAAUAUAAUCGCGAUGCCAUUUUAAAAUGGUCCGGGUUAUGUGAUCAAGGCUUCCCAGAUCACGCCAGUGUAAGCACCUGCUCCAUGUCCUGCUGCGUUACGGGACCGUUGGGUUCCUCUUCGGGAAUUACGGAAUGAUUCCACCUUGCCGCCGAUGCUCGGUAUAGUCUCCUGCUGUUCAGAGAUGGCACGAUGUAAGGCUUGAGAAUGCUCUAUCAUUGGCAUGGCACUGUGACCCACAUCCUAUGGAGGUCAAAGGACAUUGGAUCACUACCAUGGGUUUAGCUGUACCCGAAUUCCAGGGCUGCCAGAACAGCAAGCUGCAGGCUGAGAGGAUCUCUGAUCUGCAGGAAAAGAGGAGAAGUCUGCAGACUCUCUUAAGCAGCAGACAAAAGGAACUACAAGAAGUGUGUCUGCUGGAGGCAGAACUGACAGGGAAACUUCCAUGUGAAUUUCCUCUGGAAGUUGGUGAACAGCCCCCGAUUGUUCAACGCAGAGCUGGAAAGGCAUUAAAUGCCACUUCAAAGGUAGAGGAUAACCUGGGCCAGCGAAGACAGGUGAAGACUGGGUUCAGUGGCACCCUCAAUCAGAGCAUCGAGUCAAACAAGAGGAUUGUUCACCGUGGAUGUCACACAGAGGAAACGGUUAAAUCAGAGAGCAGUUCCAUGUCAGACUCGACUCACUCCCAAGACAACGAGGACUUGUCUUCCAGUGUGGUUUCCGAGCAUCGCUCCCUUUCUCAUCCUCGGCUGUUCUCAGGCAGCCCUGACAGCCGCCUGUGUAAGACUCUGUCUCCAGUGGAGAUUUACUAUGAGACGAGGACUAACCUUAACUCUACCUCUAGCUCUGUCAGCCCAAGUCAUUCUCUGCCAAGAAGUGCAUCCAAUGUGGAUGGCAUGAGUGUUCCAGCUACACCUAUACUAUCUCAAAAUAUACCAGUCUGCAUUCACGUGAGGUCUGAUAUUUCUACUGAUGUAGCAUUAAAGCAGUGGGAUGGAAGUCCGGAUGUUGCCCGUUUUCUUCCUUUGGCAUCUCUGGAGAGUUCCUCUUCGGAGCGUAUGAGUUACAUAUACAACUCUCUUGCCCGCCGUAGCAACAGCUCUGAGGCAUUGCUUGACCGCUCCAACCAUCCUCAGCUAGUGGCGUCCCGAAAUGGCAUGCCCCCUAGAACUGGACCUUAUAAGAGCUCAGAGUCCUUGACUGAUGGCAAGCUGAGGCACAUGUACCAUGGGAGCCCAGAGAGGCAGCUAGGUGGAUCUAAAGAACAAGGCCACAUGCAUUCAUCAGUUAGCAAAGGAAGUGGGGCAAGCUACGACGAGACACUGAUGGACUGUAUGAGCAAGCCACAAAAGAGACCAGUUCAGUCCCAGCAACACUUUUCAGUAGAGCACAUAUGGCCUGACCUUCCUGCUCUUCCCAAAUCUCGGACCUCAACUCAACUCAAUGUUUUUCCUCAUUCCCAGAUGCAUUUAACCUCUGACACACACUCUAACAGUCCAAUAUUUGUACAGAGUUACGAGACUAAACCACGUCAAGUCAAAGUCACACGGACUAAGUCCUGUGGGCCCUUUACCCCUCUCCAGCAGCACAGCCUGGACCAUUUACUGGUAUAUGCUUAUGAGCCUACCAACCUUUUAUCUGGCUCCACUGCUUCAUCCUUUCCGAGCCUACUACCCCACCAAACAGAGAUACCCAAUUCCACUGUCACUUUCAGUAGCAAACCUGGACCCUUCUCCCUGCCUACCCUGGAUGACUCUACCCGCAGCCUACACAAGGCCCUGGCAUUAGAGGGGCUCCGGGACUGGUAUCUGAGGAAUGCACUGGGUUACCCAACUGCAGCCAGGGGACAAGAGGGACUUCGCCUGCGCACCCCACCCCACCUGGUGCGCCUUCCAUGGUCUGUCCCACUGGGCCCACUCUACUCACAUUCACAGAUCCCCCAGUCAAACUCCUUUCAUGGGCACCCACUGCAUGGCAGGUCUGUGGAGUUCUCUCUCUACCAAGAGCGAUUUACCUCCAAGGAAACCACUCAGAAGGAGUCUAGAUCAGAUGCUCCUGCCCCUGGAACUCUGGUAUAACUGCCAGAUCACACUACAUUAAAAACCUACAUUGUGCUAUCUAAAACCAUAAAUGUGUAUGGCAAUUUUCAGAAAUCAAGCUUAAGUUGUACAGUUAGAAUGAAGGGUUUAAUAAAUAGAGAUUAGUCUUCGCAUGAGCUUUUGUUUGCCCUACUACUUAUGUAUA